GGUCAAGUCGCCUCUGAAAUUUGCAAAAAUUCAGCUGUAGUUGACCACGCCCAAAUGACACAAGACUACGCCCCCAAAACAUUGACACGUGACACGAUUGAAGCCACUAAGACACUUUUCGAAUGUGUGGAAACUGAUACUAAACCAAAUCCGCCCAUUUUAGUACCUAAGCCACUCCCGUUUAAUGUAACCACGCCCUUUCCACUUCUUACAAUCCCCGUCCUUGAAGAGAAUUAUCCUGAUUAUGAAACUGAUGAUGAUGUUUGGGAUAAAACGAAAAAAUAUGACACAACAUCGGUGAAUUUUAUUAAAAUAUGUCAGACGAGUUUAGAAAUGUUGGCGUUGACUGUUGUGGAGGGGGAAAAGACAGUUGUAAUGUCAAUUGAUGAUUCAUCGGCUCAGAUUACUAGAUUAGUUGGGCGAAAGUUGAUUAAGAAUGAAAUUGACAUGUCAGGUGGUACUUUUCAAGCGUCACGUGAUGUUGGUAAAGUGGAGGGGGCUGUUGACGUCAGAGUGUGUUGUUGGCAGUAUGACCCAUUUUGGUGGAACAAGUGGGAAAUUGUCACAAACAUUUUCCUAGUCCGUAUAGUCACUAAUAAGACAAUUUUGAGGAAAUUCAAAGAACCAAAUAAAGUGGUACUUGAUCUACAUAAAGAACAACCAGUGAAGGUACUACCAGUUCAAAAAAAUGACAAUUUGGUGGUUCUAAGAAUUGAGGUUAAGGCUAGAGAAGCGUUUUUUAUCAAUUUCCAGACAAGUACCACUCUUCGGGUACUUAUCACAGUUUUUGAAAAACCCUCAAAAGAGGAAAUUGGGAGUAAAGGUGAACACGUGACUGGAUCAAAACAAUUGUACUACGAUUAUGACCGAGUGUACGAUUCGUGGUGUUACAUUUCGGUGGUACCAGAAACGGGUGGUUCCAAUUUUGAUGUUAGUGUUUACAGUACAUCAUGUUUUUCGUAUAACUACACAAUUGAGAAAUGGUUUUUCGCUUGCAAAGGUACGGCUAAAUCGACCAAAAAGAAAAUUUUUUGUUUAUGUAACCAUUUAUCAAUUUUGGCGGGAGUGGUUCAUAAUAACACAAUUAAAAUCGACGAAGUUGAAACUAAACCAGAUUUUGAGAUGGUUUUGUUGUGCUCACUUGUGAUUUUUAUCACACUUGCAACCAUUUUAUUUAUUUAUUUUUUUUGUUUGGUUCUUGUGAUACUGAAGAGAAAGAAAAAAAUUGCGGUUUAUUUACCUCCCGAUAUUUCCUCAUCCUCCCGUUAUGUUUACUUGGUUGGUAUCAAAACCGGUCGAAAACCAUCAUCUGGUACCUCCUCAAACAUUUGUAUCAAAAUUUUUGGCGAGAAAAGUAGUACCAAGAGUCACAUUUUGAACUACCCUGAUCCUCACAAACGGAUAUUUCAGUGGGGGAACCACGACUGGUUCCUAGUACCAACCCUCAAUACUUUGGGUGAAAUAACCGAAGUGGCUUUAUGGUCGGACUACACCGGACGAACACCCAGAUGGUACUGUGCUAACAUAACCAUUUAUGACUUACAAACCGCUGAGAAAUGGUACUUUGAGGUAAAUAAAUGGUUCGAGGUACCUCCCAAAUACCAGACUUAUAAUAAAAUCCGGGUUGGGAAAUUUGCAAGGGAAAAUGGUUGGGGACGAAGGUUGAGGUUUUGGCCUCGAAUGUUGUACCAAGCCGACUUUGAUCAUUUUAUAAGAACCACUUACUUGUUAUCAAUUGUUUUAAUGAUAUGUGUGGUGACUUUGAUUAUGUAUGGACUACCACGAUUUGUACUCGCUGAUGGUUUUGCAUGGUUUUACGACUACACACCACGAUGGGAAAUGGUUUUGAUCGGUUUUGGAAGUUCAGGAGUUACAUUUAUGGUUCAUAUAACAUGGAUUUGGUUCUAUAAGUUGUACAAGAAACGAGCAAAAACCGUUUUAACCGUAAUAAUAGUCACAAAUGUCACAAUUUUGGUGGUUUUUGGGUUCUGGAAACCAUUAAUCAUGGGUUGGUUUUGGUUAACUUCAGUCAUACUAGCGAUUGUGUUUUAUUUCCUCUUUUGUGAGAACUUGUAUGAAGUUUAUUUCGUUUGGAGGAACCACAAGGUGACUGAAGAUGAUCCAACUAUAGUCGAAACGUUUAGAAAGCAUUUACGCGAAAUGGAAAUUCAAAGAAAAUUUCUAUUUCAAGCUUUUGGUGAGAAUCUUUUGCGACCUUAUUUUGGUCAUAUUUACACCCCCAUGGAGGAGCAACAAAUUAAGAUCCGUAGAGGGCAAUUUUUGGCCCGUGUGCAACUUGUGACCCUUCUCGAGGACACCACAAUGUUUAUUUGUUAUGUCACUCUUCUUUAUCUUGUUAUUUUUGCAAAUAAGAACCCUUUAUCCGUCUAUAAUCACAUUGAAAUGGCUGAUCUCCUCAAAGGGGUACAUACACGUACUGAAGGCUACUCGGAAAUCGCCUCAACUGACGAAUUUUACGAGUAUUUGAACGGGACAGUGAUACCAACCUUGCAUUCGCAACACUGGUACCACAAAUACGUCGUCAAGAACCCAGGAAUAAUGGCCGAUUUUAAUAAUAAGUUCCUGGGGGUGGCUCGUUUGCGUCAGAAACGUACAGUUUUGCAUCCCUGUCGUCAAGUGUUUGAUUUUGUCAAAAAUGAGACUUGUCACGGGGAGUAUAUGCACUCAUGGUCAAACACGAGUACUUUUGUACCAGAAUACAACAAGUUUGUUCGUUUAGCCCCCAUUUGGGAGUACACCAAGGCGUAUAAAGGGGGAUUUUCGCUGGUUUGGGGUCAAUUCGGGUGGUACUUUGGGGGUGGUUUUAUUGCACCACUUGGUCGCACUUAUUACAAUUCCUAUGCAAACUUCUACUACGUGUUUAAACAUGAUUGGCUCGAUAAAGCCACUAGUGUGAUAAUGAUCGAGUUUUUGACCUAUAAUGUCAAUAGUAACUUGUUUAAUGCUGUAAGAGUGGUAAGUGAGAAAAGUGCCACGGGUUACAUACGAAAUUUUCUCGAUUUGAGUACUGCUCAAUACUUGUUUGUGAAAAAAGAAGACGAAAUUGCCGAAUUGGUGAUUCUAGGGUCUUUUUUCCUAAUCGUUGCGAUUUUCACCCUAAAAUUAAUCACACGUGCAUUUAGGAAGAAAUUGUUUUUUUUUCGCGAUUUGUGGACUUUGAUUGAUGUAGUUAUAGUGGGGAUAACAUACUCGUGUUUUCUUUUGUUUCUCGGUAGGAUGGAAUUGGUGAGGAAAUUUCUUCACAAAGUCGAAAAAUCGAAAAAGAACGAGUUUAUCAACUUCUAUGGUUUGCUUUUCGAAGAUAAAUCUUUCACUUACAUUGCGGCUUUUUUGAUUUUUAUUUCGACAAUCCGACUUUGGAAAAUGUUACGUGCUGGUACUUUUUUCAAAAUCGUGGAGAAAACUGUCAUUUUGGGGUUUUCCCCGCUGAUUAUCCUGAUGAUAAACCACCGAAUUUGCAUUGCUGCGUUUUCCUUCACUGGUUUUAUGAUUUUCGGUCCUUAUUCACGAAAUUUCAAGGAUUUGCUUGAUGUUGCGAUGACUCUCAUGAUUUUGAGUUUGGGGGUUCAAGGUGACUUUGAUUUUGACAUUCUUGCAAUAACAAAUCCUUGUAUUAGUCGCAUUUAUUACAUUGCCUACAUGUUCCUCAAUCUUUUAUUCUCUACAAUGUAUGUCGCUGUUUUGAUUGAUUGUUACUACAAGGCACAAGUGGUAGUCGCAAGUGAUUUGGAAUUGACCGAUUUGAGGAGUUUUCUUGUUAAAGAAGCCCGUUUUUGUGGGGUUUGGUUCAAAGUCGGGUUCCAAAGACUCAAAUCUGGUACCAUUCCAAAGCGACGCAAAGUCGCCCCAAAACCUGAGGAGUACCGGUAUAAAAAUUGUGUCACUAUACAGGAGAAUACUCUCGAGUUGAUGUGCUGUAUCGCGGUUUAUGCCCUCAAAAAGUUGAGGUUGUCCGAGGAGGAGAGGUUGAGGUUGAUGCAUCGGGUGGUGAGGAGUGUGCGGAGGGUGAAGCAGACUGGGAUUUUUUUCACGGAGAAGACCCAAAAUGGGGUUAUUAAGGUUGUUCCAGAUGAGAGGAUGAGGAGGGUUGAGAGGGCGGUUGAAAUGAUUCUGGAUCCGGAACAGAAAUGGAAAAAAUUGAGGGAGGAGAGGUUUAGGAGUGUUGUGAGGUACCAAAUGGAUCAGUUGAAUUAUUUCAAUCAAGUUUUGGAAACUGUUACGCGACUAGUGUCAAAUAUUCAAGUUGAAUAAAUUUUUAAUUAUUCAGUGAGUCAUUUAUUCAAAUUCUAAAACUAAUUAAAUUCUAACGAUGUAGAUAAGGAAAAUUAUUAUGCAAAACCAUGUCUAUAUAAGUUUUUUUACUAAAUAUUUUUUUACAUUUUAGUGCACAAUGGCGAAAGCGAUGAAAGUAAGUAUUUUUCCAAUGAAAUGACACUUUUUAUAGAUUUUUAGGUUGUUUUGGUGGCUGUUCUGUUGCUUUGUAUCAACACCCAUCAUGGAUUGGCUCAGGGGGGUAUGGGGGGAGAGCCAGGCGGAAUGAUGGGAGGAAUGGAACCUGGAGGGAUGGGUGAAAUGGGAGGAAUGGGAGGAGGGCCG